AUGGCCAAUCCUGGUGAAGGGGUCGGUGCAAAGUUUGUAUCAGUGAAUCUCAACAAGUCAUAUGGACAGUCUUCUCAUCAUAAUCAUCAACCUUAUGGUGGUUCUUAUGGGCAAGCUGCAGGUAGGGGGCGCCCAGGGAGUGGUGGAAGAAGUGGCGGAAUGGUGGUUUUGUCCAGGUCCAGAAAUUCGCAAAAGGUUGCUGGCCCGAAAUUAUCUGUUCCACCCCCCCUGAACUUGCCCUCAUUGAGGAAGGAACAUGAAAAAUUUGAUGUGUCAACUGGCCCUGGGCCAGCUAUUAAUUCUACAACUGGUAGUGGGCCAAGGCCGUCGUCAUCUGGCAUGGGAUGGACGAAGCCUGUAAGUAUUGCUUUGCAAGAGAAAGAUGUUGGUGAUGGUGAUACUAAGGUAGAGCAGAGUGGGCGUGGAGUUGAUGGUGAGGUUAGGCUCAACAGCACCUAUAUGCCACCUUCUGCUAGGUCGACUGUUGUUGGGAAUGCUACUUCUGUUGCUGGUUCUGCUAGACCCUUACCAAACCCAGCAGAGAAAGCUGUGGUUUUGAAAGGGGAGGAUUUUCCUUCAUUACAAGCUGCAUUACCUGUGUCAUCUGUGCCGGGGCAGAAACAGAAAGAUACUGCUAACCCGAAACAGAAACCUGCUAUCUCCGUGGAGGCUACUGAUCAACAAGAAGGUCGUUUCCCUUCAAGUUCACGUGUAGAACUUACUUCUCGUGCCCAGGAGUCUUAUAAUGUUAGUAGAAAUGGUAGCAUAGAUGAUAUUGGUGAUAGCCGCAGGUCGGGCAGUUCCCGUAUGCCUAGUCAACCUUCAAAAGAUGAUUUCUUUUCGAGUCCGCUGCCAUUAGUUCCGAUGAAUCAUAGGUCUGAUUGGGCAGAUGAUGAGCGUGAUACUGGACAUGGAUUUGUUGAUCGAGCAACCGAAUGGAAUCCACGGGAACGAUAUGCUUCAGAACAAUCUUCUAGAUACCGGGCUGGCAAUUUACAGAAUAGCUCUAUUUCCAAACCCCUAUUAGCUGGCGGAGGAAAAUUGCCUUUGCCAUCUGAUUCUAUUAUGGCAUCAGGUAAUGAUAAACGUGGUGCUGGGAAAUCAGAAAGACUCUUGGAGGAUCCUUUCAUGGGUACUUCUGGUUUUGAUGACCGGGAUCCCUUCCCUGGGAGUCUUCUUGGAGUAAUUAAGAGGAGGAAGGAUGUGGUUAAACACAGUGAUUGGCAUGACCCAGCGCGGGAAUUAUUUGAAGCUGAACUUGAAAAGGUUCAGAAGAUGCAAGAACUUGAGAGGCAGUGGAUUCUUGAAGAACAAGAAAGAGCGGUGGAACAAGCAAGGCGAGAAGAAGAAGAGAGACAACGACUCAUUCGCGAAGAAGAAGAAAGGCAGCGACGAUUGGAAGAGGAAACCCGAGAAGCUGCAUGGAGGGCCGAACAGGAGCGAUUGGAGGCUCAUAGAAAAGCAGAAGAGCAGAGGGUAGCUAGAGAAGAAGAAAAAAGGAGAAUGCUGAUGGAGGAGGAGAGGAGGAAGCAGGCUGCUAAACAAAAGCUCAUGGAGUUGGAGGAAAGGAUGGCCAAGAGGCAGGCUGAGGCUGUGAAUUCUGAGACUUCAGUUGUAACUGCCAGCACAGAUGAGAAAUUGCCUACAAUAUUGAAGGAUAACGAUGUUUCCGCAACAGAUUUAGAAACAUGGGAAGAUAGUGAGAAAAUGGUAGAAAGAAUAACAUCUUCUACAUCUUUUGAUACGUCCAGUCUAAACAGGCCUUUUGAGACGGAUUCGAGGGCCUAUGCCACUAGAGAGAGUUCUUCUGGCUUUCUUGAUAGAAGAAGACCAUUGAAUUCAUGGAGAAGGGAUCCAUUUGAAAAUGGGAGUGGUGCUUCCUCACAGAUGCAGGAGCAUGACAUGAGUCACUUUUCCCCUCAGAGAGACUCCUUUGCUAAUGUGAGAGCUGUUGGUAGGAAAGAUUUUCAUGGAAGUUCUGGGUAUGCAUCCUCUAGGGCCAAUUUGCGAGGAAUGCAAGAACCAUAUUUAGAUGAGUUAGGCCAUCAGAGAGAGCAGAGAUGGAACUUUCCUGGGGAUUCAGACUCCUUCAGUGGAGGUAGAGACUUUGAUGCAGAAUUUCAAGGUAAUUUAACUGAAAGGUAUGGUGAUGUCGGAUGGGGCCAAAAUCAUUUUCGUGGAAAUGCUUAUCCACCUUAUCCAGAGCGGCCAUAUGCAAAUUCUGAGGCAGAUGAACUAUAUCCUUAUGGAAGAUCGCGAUAUUCUAUGAGACAGCCUCGUGUUCUUCCUCCUCCAAUUGCUUCCACACAAAGGACUCCUUUCAGGAUUGCAAAUGAGCGUUCGGGUCCCUCUGGAUUUCUGCCGGAUAACAACCAUGUUAACCAUGCACAAAGAACUGAGUCUACCAGACCAACAGGGUAUUAUAGUGGUCAUCAAGAUGGAGUUGAGCAACCUGGUGUUGUUGAUAUGCCACAAGAAAGUGUCGGUGUCGAAGAUCAGAAGUUGGAAAAGGAGAUGACAACAAGGUGCGAUUCACAAUCUUCAUUAUCUGUUUCCAGCCCGCCCAGUUCUCCACCUCAUCUCUCCUAUGAUGAGUUGGACGAUUCUGGAGAUUCUCCAAUCUUGUCUGCUUCUGCAGCAGGAAAACACAUUUCAAUGUCUGGGAAUGAUGCUGUCAUCUUAAAUGAUAACUCUGUGCAGCAUACCACAGUGGCAGAUUCUGGUAUGAUCUCUAACAUUGAGGAUGAGGAAUGGACUCUUGAAAAUGCUGAUGGUUUGCAAGAGCAAGAAGAAUAUAAUGAGGAAGAUGAUGGUUAUCAGGAAGAGGAUGAAGUGCGUGAAGGAGAUUAUGAUAAUCUGGAUUUGAACCAGGAUUUUGGAGAUUUGCAUCUGGAAGAUAAAUGUUCUUCAGGAAUGGUGGACAAUAUGGUUUUAGGUUUUGAUGAAGGUAUUAAAGUUGAGUUACCAAAUGAUGAUUUUGACAGAAAUUUCAGGAAUGAAGAUAAAAGUGUUGUGUGUGCACAGAGUGAUGAGCAUAGCCAUGAACAGGAAAUGGAAAAGGACAUUCCAGAUUCUGUUAAAACUCCUGACAACUUAUACUCAUCAAUAACGUCGGAUGGGCCUCCUUUUUCUUCUCAACAGACUUUAGCAUCUUCAGCUGGCCUGCCAUCAUUUACUAGUCUUACCACAGCAUCAACUGCAUCUACUACGCCAAAUCAAGUUGACACACCUGUUCAACUUCAGUUUGGGCUAUUUUCUGGUCCUCCUCUCAUACCAUCUCCUGUUCCCACCAUACAGAUUGGAUCAAUACAGAUGCCUCUCCAUCUUCACCCCUCUACAGGUCCAUCCUUUGUGCACCCAUCACAGUCUCCUAUAUUUCAGUUUGGUCAGGUCAGAUACACGUCGUCUCCCAUAUCUCUGGGUGUUCUUCCUAUUGCUCCUCCGUCAACGACAUCUUCUUUUGGUCAGCCCACUGUGCAGACUUCUUACAGCCUCAAUCUGAAUGCUGGAGGUGCAUUGCCUACUCAACCUUCUCAAGACACUUCUACUCAGAGUGUUGUGAAUGGUGAUUCAUCUUCUCAGUGUAAUCGUUCGUUGGCAGAGAGCUCAGUUGCCGCGAGACAAAGUGCAGAUAGCUCAUCUCAAACUCAAAUUAUUACUACGAAGGUUGCCAGUGGUAGUGGUGAAAAGUUGAAAUCUGAAACAGUAGGCCAAGGUGAAACUAAGUGGCACAAUGAGCCACUUUCGAGAAGCCGUGCACCCUCAAAAGGGAGAAUGUCUGGAAAUCAAUUGCAGUCUAGGCUAUCUAUAAAUGAUUCCAUUUCCAAUGAAAAAAACUUUGGUGUUGUGAAGGCCUCUGGUGCUGUUAGCAAGGGAAAGAGGUAUACCUAUGCAGUUAAGAACUCUGGCGCAAGAUCAGCUCUAUCAAUUGAUGACGAGUCAUCUCUGCAAACGAAUGGUUUUCAGAGGAGAUCACGAAGAACUGUUCAGAGGGUUGAAUUCCGUGUACGUGAGAAUGGUGAGAGAAGACCCCCAUCUGGUUCAUUUUCCUCUAACAGCCUAAAUGCACAUGAUAAAUAUGAUAACAACGGAAGAUCUGGUACUCAAUUUGUAAGAAGUGGAUCGAAGAGGGGGACCAUGUCUAGUAAGUCAGUGAAGCAAAUCAGUGAUGCAGAGGGUAGUAACUUUGUAGGAAAAGAAAUUCAAAAAGAUGUAUCCAUAAGAGAUCAGAAGGUAUCCCAGGCUGGAGAGCGAAAUGUGAAAAGAAAUAUUUCUGAAGAGGAUGUUGAUGCCCCCCUGCAAAGUGGGGUUGUGCGUGUUUUUAAGCAACCUGGCAUAGAAGCGCCUAGUGAUGAAGAUGACUUUAUUGAGGUGAGGUCAAAGAGGCAAAUGCUAAAUGAUAGAAGGGAGCAAAGAGAAAAAGAAAUCAAGGCAAAGACUCGGCCAUCACGUAAACCUUACACAUCCAGACCGAUCUCUGGGGGACUGAACAACUCCAAAAAGGCUUCUGUAUCGGCUAGAGCUUCUCCCCCAAAUAUUAACUCUGGCUUUAGUUCCUCUGAAGGGCGGGUUUUGGCCUACAAGGAAAGAUCUGCUCCCAAGGUGUCUCAACCACUUGCUCCAAUUGGCACUCCUGCUGUCAAAUUUGACACCCAAACUGAUAAAAGAUCCCAAAGCAUCAAGUCUCUCCCUGCAAGUUCUGCUUCUGUUCUAUCUGGUGGUGAUAAAGACCAUGGGCCUAAUCUUACGUUUGAGAGCCAGAGUAAGGUCAUGGAUAAUGUGUCAUCUUCUUUGAAUUCCUGGGGCAAUUCACAGUUUAAUCAACAGGUUAUGGCCUUGACGCAGACUCAACUUGAGGAAGCUAUGGAGGCUCCUCGAUUUGACUCAUCCAUUACAUCUGUUGGAGGUCAUAGUAGCGGUCCUACGGAGCCUAUUCUACCUUCAUCUUCCUUGCUGAUCAAAGAAAGAUCUUUCACUUCCUCUAGUCCAAUCAACUCUCUGCUUGCUGGAGAGAAGAUCCAAUUUGGUGCUGUUACUUCCCCACCUAUCCUUCCUCCUAGUAGUCGGGCUCCUGGUUCCAGCAGACCAGAAAUCCAAAUUCCUCACAAUCUAUCAGUCGCCGAGGAUGAAUGCUCACUUUUCUUUAAAAAGGAUAAACACACUGAUGACUCUUGUGCUCAUCUGCAAGAUUCAGAUGCUGAAGCUGCUGCUUCUGCUGUUGCUGUUGCUGCUAUUGCUAGUGAUGAGGUUGUUGAGAAUGGGAUUGGAUCUAUUUCUAUUUCAGAAUCAAAAAGCUUUGGUGGUGCAGACAUUGAUAACAUAGCUGCAGGCAUGGGUGAUCACCAGUUAGUUUCUCAGUCAAAAGCUGAAGAAUCUCUUAGCGUAUCUCUUCCUGCAGACCUCUCGGUUGACACGCCCCCAAUUUCCUUAUGGCCGCCUUUGCCAAGCCCGCAUAACUCUUCAAACCAGAUGCUUUCUCAUUUCCCAGGAGGCCGUCCUCAUUUUCCUUUCUAUGAGAUGAAUCCUAUGUUGGGUGGACCUAUUUUUGCUUUUACGCCAAGUGAAGGAUCCGUUGGUGCCCAAUCUCAGACUCAGAAAAGUGUCACUACAUCCACUUCAGGGCCUCUUGGUACAUGGCAGCAUUCUGCUGUAGAUUCUUUUUAUGGACAUCCAGCAGGGUAUACUGGUCCUUUCAUUAGUCCACCUGGAGGCAUUCCUGGAGUUCAAGGUCCUCCGCACAUGGUGGUAUAUAACCAUUUUGCUCCAGUUGGACAGUUUGGGCAGGUAGGAUUAAGUUUCAUGGGUCCUACUUAUAUUCCUUCUGGAAAGCCUUCUGAUGGGAAGCACAAUUCGUCAUCUGCUGUUGGUAUGGGUGAGGGUCACUUGAAUAAUCCUAAUAUUGCGUCUGGGCAGAGAAAUCAUCCCAACAUCCCCGCACCCAUUCAACAUCUCACUUCAGGGUCACCAAUCAUGCCCUUUGCCUCCCCUUUGGCUAUGUUUGAUGUAUCACCAUUCCAGUCAGCCCCAGACAUUUCGGUCCAAGCCCAUUGGUCUCAUGUUCCUGCACCAGCACUUCAUUCAGUGCCUUUCUCACGGCCAUUGCAGCAAGCUGAAGGUAUACUGCCUCCCUUGUUGGGUCACGUAAAUCCAGCAGAUCAGUCACUGAAUGUGAGCAGAUUUCCUGAGUCACGAACUUCGACUCCAUCAACAACUGGCCCAAGCUUUACUGUUCAACCCGAGGUGAAUGUCGCGCAUUUACCUGAUGAAUUAGGUCUAGUAGACACAUCAAGAUCCACCACUGCUGCGGCAUCUAGUCAAAACACAGUUGGUCACAGCUCAUCCACGAGCUCUACUACAGAUGCCAACAACACAGGCAACCUCUCGACCGGUGGUAAUACCAACAAUGAAGGACACGGCUCGGGUGGUUUCAAGAACCGAUCCUCCCAGCAGAAGAAUAUGUCUGCGCAUCAGACCCAUUCUCCUGGUUACAAUUACCAAAGAGUGGGUAGUGGGACAUCUCACAGAAAUAAUGCUGGGGGUGAGUGGUCUCACAGGAGAAUUAAUUUCCAUGGAAGGAAUCAGUCCUUUGGUUCUGAAAAGGGAAUGUCAUCUUCGAAAAUGAAGCAAAUCUACGUCGCGAAACAACCUACGAAUGGUAGUUCAGGUUGA